AUUUACGUAAUGUCUUCAAAUUAUAGCCUAUGUGUUAUUCUGAUGUAUAAAUAAGCUAUAUACUAUAAAGUUUCAUCAAAUUCCGUUCCGUAGUUUUUGCGUAAAAGUAACAAACAUCAAUGCAUACUUAUAAACUUUUACAUUUAUAUACGUAAUAUUAGUACUCCAUGUAAUUUGUCUAUCAGCUUUUAAUCAGCUUUUAAACGGAUCAACGGAAAUUAAUGAAAUUUUAUAUGAACAUAGAUUAUAUCACGAGGACGGGCUUAGUAUAUCUUAAAUGUAAAAAAAUAGAUCAAUUCGCGUAUUUAGUAUGCAACUUGUGAAGUAGACAACGUUUUUAACUUGAGCCAUUUAUUCAAAUGUACAAGUCUGCUACCAUUGUGGUAUAAAAAAGUAUUAUAUUAUGUUAUCUGUGGUAUUAUUAAACUUUGUAGCUAUAAUGUCUACGUCAAUUAAUGCUGUCAUUACCAAGUCCAAGUGUUCAAAGGCCUUGACUCUAUGAUUUCGACUAUGUGAAGGUCUCUACAUUUUACUAAACACCUUGACAGUACGUCCGCUGGGCCAUCUAAUAUCUUAAUAAACCUGUUUUAAAAAUAUCAGAAUCAUUAUAUUUAGUUUAUUAUAAUAUUUCUAUUUAUUUCACGAUGUUUUUAGCUCUAUCGUAUUGAAUCUACUUAAAAAAUGUCAGUUCCUGAUCAAUAUGUAAAUGGAUUCAUGCGAUUGGUGUUGAGGCUUUUGUAGAUAUAAAAUCCAUAUUAAUAUUACAAAUGCGCAAGUAUCUGUCUGUCUGUUUUCAUGGCAAUAAGCUUAACUAGUAAAGAGAUCGCGGGAAGUAAUUUAAAAGAAAUGCUCAGGAUAUUUCACCUAGCGCCAUCAAGUGCCAAACUUAGCAGAACAGAACUGGCUACAAAACAGAAGAUAGGAAUUGUUAUUUUUCUUUUGUAAAUGCUUACAAGACGAACGCAGAAAAUAACUGGAUCAAUAAAAAUAAUUAUAUUAUAAAAACAAAUGUCAAGCGAGAAUCGAACCCGCGAUCACCGGACUUAAGGUCAUCGAGACUACGAAGCCACCAUAUUUCUUUAUUUGUUUCCUUCUUAAUUGAGAAUUUAAGUGGAUUCAAGUUCUACCCAUAUCUAUCAAGUACGAAACAGGUUUUUUUUUAGAGUUUUUUUUUCUUUCAAUGCAGUAUCUGCGGUCGAACAUGGUCUGUAGCAUAUUUACCGGUUCUGGUAUGGAUCUUAUUAUUUUAUUGAAACAUCUCCAGUUAGAAAAGUUGUUUCGUAGUGUCCGGAGGCGAAGUUGUUUAUAAAAACAUGGACGACGCGGAUGACUCGUGUGGGACUAAAUUAAAUAAAACGAAAGAGAAAUAUACAUCUAAUGAUGGAACAAACAAACAUGAAAUGGAAUCGUUACUCGUGGAUAAAAGUGAUAAUAUAAAAAUAACACCUACAAGUAAAUCUGAAGAGGUCGAGGAGGAUACGAAGCACGACAUACCUAGCAUAUCUUUUUUUACAUUGUUCCGAUUUGCGAGUAUUAAGGACAAGAUCUUCAUAACAAUAGCAUUAUUAAGCUCAGUAAUAUGCGGUUGUACUACGCCGGUAUGCGUAUUACUUUUCUCAUACUUAUCCCAAAACAUGGUCUCAUAUGGGAUAUCAUUAAAUGAAGGAAAGCCAAACGAUGAAGCUUUCUAUAAAGCACUAUUUUAUUACGCAAUAAGUAAUACCCUAGUUGCUGUAACUUUCGUUUUUUUUACUUAUGUAGCAACCGUCCUCAUGAAUGUAGCAGCAUACAAUCAGGUUUAUCGUAUUCGGCAAGAAUAUUUUAAAGCAGUGUUAAAUCAAGAUUUUGCAUACUUUGAUACCCAUCAAAUGGGUGACUUCGCGGAAAAGAUGACGAGCGAUGCUAUGAAAGUUGAAGAUGGGAUUGGUGAAAAAGUAGCGACAUGUGUUUAUUAUUUGACAGGCUCAGUCAGUACAUUUCUAAUGGCUCUGGCUUUAGGCUGGAAACUGGCGUUAUUGUGUUUAAUAUCUUUCCCUAUACAAUACGCUGUACUCGGACUAUCGGGAUGGAUAUCUGCUAAAUUAUCCGUUAAAGAAACAGAAGCUACAGGUAAAGCUGGUGCUGUAGCUGAAGAAGUUUUAUCAUCAAUCCGUACAGUCUAUGCAUUCAACGGACAAGAAAAAGAAAUAGAAAGAUAUCAAAGCCUCCUGAAAGUCAUACGAAAAAUUAACAUAAAGAAAGGUUUCUACAAUGCCCUAACUAUGGGACUAUUGUUCCUCUGCAUCUUCAGUUCAUACGCUCUUGCCUUCUGGUUUGGAUAUGUCCUUAUCGUAAAUGAUCCCGAAACAUAUGACGUCUCAACUAUGCUCUCAGUUUUCUUGGGCGUGUUGAUGGCAUCCGAGAAUUUUGCAAUGUUACAAACCCUUAUUGUAGUGUUUGGGGUGGCCAGCGGUGCUGGUGCACAAAUAUUCAAUCUAAUCGAUAACGUACCUACUAUAAAUCCAUUGAAAAGUGUAGGUGUUACACCUAAAAGUUCCGAAGGGAAUAUAGAAUUCAAAAACGUUGUAUUCAACUAUCCUUCGAAACCAGAUGUACCUGUUUUGAAAGGAGUAAGUCUUAAGGUGAAUCAUGGCCAGUCAGCGGCGCUGGUUGGACACUCUGGAUGCGGCAAGUCCACUGUCAUACAACUCAUAUCGCGAUACUAUGACGUUGCGAAAGGAACCGUUACGUUAGAUGGUAACGAUGUCCGUGACCUAUCUGUGCGCUGGUUGCGUGAACAAAUAGGUCUGGUGAGCCAAGAGCCUGUACUAUUCAAUACGACAAUUCGAGAAAACAUACGAUAUGGAAGAGAAGAUGCAACAGAAGCUCAGAUUGAAUCCUGCGCCAGACAGGCUAAUGCUCAUCACUUUAUCAUAAAGUUGCCUAAGGGAUAUGACACGGUUGUAGGCGAAAGGGGAGCAUCUCUAUCAGGUGGACAAAAACAACGGGUUGCUAUAGCUCGAGCUCUAAUACGUAAUCCUCGCGUACUCCUCCUCGAUGAAGCCACUAGUGCACUUGAUAUCUCUUCUGAAGCUAAAGUACAAAAAGCACUUGACAAGGCGCAAGAAGGCCGCACAACUAUUAUAGUAGCUCAUCGACUUUCAACGAUACGACACGUAGAUAUUAUAUACGUAUUCAAAAAUGGAGAAAUAAUUGAAUCAGGGAAUCACAACGACUUAAUGAAAAAGAAAGGGCAUUACUAUGAUAUGGUGAUGAUACAAACUUCUGACCCUGAAGCUCAGGAUAAUGAUAAGCCAGUUAUCAAUCGUCAGCAAUCAGAAAUAAGUAAUAACCUUGAUGAAGACGAACUCAAGGACAUUAUAACUGUACAAGAAGAAAAGGAACCAGAGGAAACUGAGCAGGAGACAUCUUUUUGGGAGAUCCUACGACUGAAUGGACCAGAGUGGAAAUCUGUCACUUUAGCUAGCAUUUCUUCAUUGUUUAGUGGAUUCGCCAUGCCAAUGUUUGGUGUUAUAAUCGGUGACUAUAUAGGGGUAUUUUCAAAUGCUGAUGAAGAUGAAAUGUUGCUUGAGGUGCGCAGACUUGUGUUCACAUUUAUCAUCAUAGGAGUACUUUCGGGUUUCGCCAAUUUCAUUACAAUACACUUCUACGGCGUUGCUGGAGAGUACUUGACAGAAAGGCUAAGGAAACGCAUGUUCGGGACCCUUCUACAGCAAGAUGUAGCCUACUACGAUAACAAGGACAAUUCGACGGGUGCUCUGUGUGCGAGAUUAGCUGGAGAGGCGGCUGCAGUGCAAGCCGCUACUGGACAGCGAAUCGGUACAUUACUACAAGCAGCAGGCACGUUAAUACUUGCUCUAGUGAUUUCACUGUAUUAUGAAUAUCGUGUGGGACUUGUUGCACUUGUUUUUGUGCCCAUAAUAGCUGGCGUAUUUUAUAAAGAACGUCAAAUGGCAGGCGAUGAAUCUUCAGGAACAGCAAAAGCUAUGGAAGCGAGCUCAAAGUUGGCUGUAGACGCGGUAUCCAACGUACGUACUGUAGCAUCCCUAGGGAAGGAGAAAAUGUUUUUGAACUGUUACUCUAUACUACUUCUACCCGGUUUGCAAAUCGCAAAACGAGCAUCGCACUGGCGAGGAAUAGUGUUUGGUCUCUCUAGAGGUCUUAUGAAUUUCACUAAUGCCAUAGCUUUGUAUUACGGUGGAACGUUAAUUAUAAACGAACAUAUAGAUUACGCAAUUAUAAUGAAAGCAGCACAAGCAAUCCUAAUAAGUGCCGGCACAGCUGCACAAGCUUUUGCGUUCGCACCGAACUUCCAUAAAGGAAUAAAAGCAGCAGGACGUGUUGUAGUAUUGCUCAAUCUUAAGUCAAAAAUCAUAGAUCCAGCAGAACCUAAUCAAGAAUUUAAUGGAAAUGGCACCGCAGCUCUAAAGAAUAUUCAUUUCAAAUACCCUUCUAGACCUGACGUGGAAGUACUAAAACAUAUGGAUCUUGAAAUAAAUAAGGGUAAAACCGUGGCGUUGGUCGGCGCUAGCGGGUGUGGUAAAAGCACAGUUAUUCAACUACUUGAAAGAUACUAUGAUCCAGAUAUGGGAGUAGUGACCCAAAAUGACAUACCCAUUAAAAACUUAACCCUCGCAGAUGCGAGAAAAACGAUCGGUUUCGUCCAACAAGAACCAAUACUCUUCGAUCGAACUAUUGGUGAAAACAUUGCAUAUGGUGACAACUCGCGUCAGCCAUCUAUGGAUGAAAUCAUUGAAGCGGCUAAACAAGCAAAUAUACACAACUUCAUUAUAUCAUUGCCUUCAGGUUAUGAUACGAAUGUCGGGUCAAAAGGUUCUCAGUUAUCAGGUGGUCAAAAGCAGCGUGUGGCCAUAGCGAGAGCGCUAAUAAGACAUCCACAAAUACUAAUACUUGAUGAAGCUACCAGUGCUCUUGACACAGAGAGUGAAAAGGUGGUGCAGGAAGCGCUGUUGGCUGCGAGCGCGGGUCGCACGUGCGUGACGAUAGCGCACCGGCUGAGCACGGUGCGGGACGCGGACCGCAUCUGCGUGCUCAGCAGCGGGCGAAUGCACGAGACCGGCACGCACGCACAGCUCAUGCAGCUCAAGGGACUCUACUACGAUUUAAAUAAAGCAGCAAUAUAAUUUUUUGAAAAAUU